AAGCGUAACGUGUGUGAAUUAUGUUAACUGCUAUAUUACUUAUAGCAUGUGCUAUAAUAUUUUUAUGUAUAUCCUAUAAAUAUGCAUUCGAACGUACAAAAGGAUUUCCACCAGGUCCUCCGCGUAUACCAAUUUUCGGCAGUUAUCUGUUUCUGCUGCUGCUCAACUAUAAAUAUCUACACAAGGCUGCUUUAACGCUAAGCAAGUGGUAUAAAUCGGAUAUAGUUGGUCUACAUUUGGGUAAUUUUCCCACUGUAGUCGUGCAUUGUCCCGAAGGAGUGCGAGAGAUUUUAAAUAAUCCAUCCUACGAUGGACGACCUCAGGUAUUUGUUGCCGAAAUGCGUGACCCAGGCGAUUGUAUACGAGGAAUAUUUUUUCAGGAAGGCAUACUUUGGAAAGAGCAACGUCGCUUUAUUUUACGUUAUUUGCGUGAUUUUGGUUUUGGACGACGCUUUGUGGAGCUGGAACUGAUUAUAAAGGAACAGAUUGGUGAUAUGCUGAGUCUUAUACGCAAUGGCCCGCUUUAUCCACACGAGCAGCAUCUGGUCAGGCCAGGCGGUUAUAGAAUACAGCUACCUAUGUUCUUCAGUCCCUUUGUGAUCAACUGUCACUUUAAUAUUAUGCAGAACGAGUGUUACUCGCGUGCUGAAAUGGGCAAGCUUGUGGAAUUGGUUCGCUUUGGCUUGCAGUUUCAACGGACUGCCGAUGAUUACGGCAGACUGCUAAGCAUCAUACCCUGGAUCAGGCAUAUUUGGCCCGAAACCAGUGGCUAUAGCAAAAUGAAUGAGUCAAAUCAAUUUAUGCUCAAGUUUUUUGCCGAAAUUGUUGAUCGUCAUAUUGAAAGCUACGAUGAGAGCUGUGAGCGCAACUUUAUUGAUUUGUAUAUAGCCGAAAUGGCCAAAGGUCAUCCCGAGGCAUUUGGCUUCAACCGCGAGCAAUUCAUCUUGGGACUCAUAGACUUUUCAUUUCCUGCCUUCAGUGCAGUUGGCUCGCAGUGUUCGCUGCUAAUACAAUAUCUGAUGCUCUAUCCAGAGGUGAAGGCUCGCAUUCAGCGUGAGAUAGAUGAAGUGGUGGGCAGCAGCCGUUUGCCUACGUUAGAGGAUCGCGUAAACUUGCCCUACACGGAAGCUGCCAUACGCGAAAAUAUGCGGCUUGAAACUUUGGUGCCAUCCUCCGUGCCCCAUAAGGCGUUGGUCGAUACAGAGCUACUGGGCUAUAGCAUACCAAAGGACACAAUAGUGAUAGCCAGUCUGUAUGCUUAUCAUUUGGAUUCACGUGUUUGGGAUGAUCCUAUGGAAUUUCGACCGGAGCGCUUUUUGGAUAGUCAGGGCAAAUUGUGUUUGAAAAAGGACGUUUCAUUUCCAUUUGGCGCGGGUAAACGCUUGUGUGCGGGUGAGACCUUUGCUCGCAAUAUGCUCUUCCUCUUGACCGCCGCAAUGUGUCAGAAUUUUGAUUUUGUGCUGGCACCAGGAGAUACGCUGCCUGAUUUAUCUAAGAAUAACAAUGGAUUGAUUAUAACGCCACCAGAUUAUUGGCUGCAAUUAAAAGAACGUCAACCUUAACCGUAA